AAGACAAAAAGAAAUCUUGAGGCGCAUGUGAAACUUCAUCGAGUGAGAGAUUAGCAUGGCGGUGUCACUCCUCUGGCCCGUUUGCAUGUGAGGGGGGCUUUCCUCGGCUUCUACAGUGGACCACAAAAUUGGACCACAAAUUCAGAUCGAAGUGAAGGAAAGGCACAGCUGGCACGUGUAUGUAGAAAUUGUGAGAAUAAAGAGGUUUUUGCUGAAGUUGGGUCUAUGGCUGUUCUGCCCUGUACCCUGCCCCCCCAAAGAGUGUCUCCAGCAGUUACAUGGAGCAACAGCAAAGGCUCAAUUUGGAAGAUGCAGAGCGGCGGCAUGCGUUUCUAUAGUGCGAGUUGGGGGUCUCGUGUCAAAUGCCCUCACAAGCAGUUCCACGAGGGGGACUACAGUCUCCAGAUCUUCAGCGUGAGGGAGGAGGACGCAGGCUUUUACACCUGCACUCUGGAGACGAACAACAAGAGGACCACGACUGUCACGGUCACUCUCAGGAUUAUUAAAGUGUCAAUUUCACCUCCCGUUCCUCUCAUGGGUCAGAACGUGUUCAUUCAGUGCAGUGUCAGUGAAGGCGAGGUGAUGAGGCUAAGUGGAGCAACGAAGCGCUGGAUGUUAAACGGACGACCGUAUGAGCCACAGGACUCGAGCAUCGCCAGAAGAAUCAAACGAGAUCAGAACAUGGCACUGAGGAUAAAAGGUGAAGAGACGAUGAGCGGAAACUGGACCUGUGUGGUUAACUCCAAGGACGGAGAGGGGAGAGCGAGCGCACUUUUGGAUGUGAAAGGCAUUAUCCAACCUCCGAGCGACAACGCACAGGUUUAUGCAGCUGUGGGCUCUGCAGUCACACUCCCCUGUGUCUUUUCCGACGGACUAACCCCCUCCAAUGCAUUCUGGGAAAGAUUAGAGAAUAAAACCACCUCCAAACCCUUGACGCUCCCUCCCUCCUUCUCUGCCCCUUCACCCUCUCUCUCUUCGGGGGACAAAACUGCUGCCGUAAAUGAAGUGAGCUUCGAGGACGCGGGUCAGUACAGGUGCUCUGCCUCCGUCCUGGGACUGAAGACACAGCGGAGACUGCAGCUGGUCACUGCCAAAGUUGAGGUGGAGAUUUUGUCAAAGGAAGCUGUCGAACUGACGUGCCGACUCAGCGACCCGAGCGCCGUCACAAAAUACAAGUGGAUCUACACGACCUUUGACCUGAACGGGACCGAGUUCACCGCCUCGGUCCAAACAGGUCAGAGGGUCACUGUGAGCCAAACAUCAGGAGGACAGUGGACGUGUCUCUUUUACGGACAACAAGGACUUCUGGGAAAUGUAACGCACCACAUUCACAACAUGGAGGGACAGUGGGGCAAGAGGUCUGUCCGUGUUUCCCAUAAUGCCGUUCUCCUCCUGGUUGGACUGACUCUGCUCGUGCUCAUUCUUCUCUUCGUCCUUAUUCAGAUGUACAGAAACUACCAGAGGCGUAACAAGGCCUUCCAGUUUCUCGCCCUGGAGAGCGUCCUUCACAACAACUCACUGGAGCGAGAGCUGGACGAAAGAAGCAAACAAAGAUGCCGAUCUACAAAAUAAACCUGCCUGUGUCUUUAUAUAUUAUAUGUGAGAAAUUUGCACAAAGAUGUAUUGUAAAUGUUGUAAUAUUGUUUCAUAGUUUUAUAAUGAAGUUACUAUAUCCUGCUGUUAAUAGGCUUAAAACUAAACCCUGUACAUAUAAUUUUUUUUGUAAGAUAAUGAUUGUAAUAAAGUAAAAACAAUUA